GAGAUGUUAUGUCAAUUUCUCAAUUUCAUGUUUGUUGCUGCAUUAUUUUAAUCAUAUAAAGUUAUUGGUAUUUAUGAUUUGUCUUGCAUCUAUUCAAUUGUGUGUUCAAAGGAACCUUUUAUGUUGAUUUCAAGAGUGUAUUUUAAAAAAAGAUGGCGGAUGAAAAAUCUGGAACUGUAACUGAUGAAAAGACAGUCAAUAGUAUUCUGGUCCCGACAGAACAACAGGUUUUGAAGACUUCUGAUGAAAUUCUUAGCGAGUUGUUUGGAGCCUUUGACGCAACACCUCCGCCUCUAGAUGACCUUCAAACUCUAGAAACCAACAGCACAAUUUCUGACAAAAGUCACAAAAAACAUAAAAAACACAGUAAAAAGAAGCACAAAAAAGAAAAGAAGAAGAAAAAACGAUCAUCAAGUUCUGACUCGAAGGGUAGCAAGGAAUCAAAGAAAAAAAGCAGUAAAAAGCAUAAAAAACACUCCAAAUGCCACAACUCUGAAUCUGAUGUCAAUUCAAAAAAGAAAAAAAGGAAGCUAGGUAAGUUUAGUGCUAGUGACUCGGACAGUGACGUUGAAGAACCGUCGAAUAAAAAACUGAAGUCUGCCAGCAAAGACAAGUUGACUAUUGAAGAAAAGCUGUUAAAUAUCAAAGUUAAAGAUGAAAAUGAUACAAAGAAAACCAAGUUGAAUGGGACAACUACUGUUCCAACUGUUCCUGAAGUAAUACGCGAAAAUAUACUAAAAGAAGCUGUUAGCAAAAUUGUUGAUAAAGUAAUAAAGAGCACUGAUUUGGCUUCAGAAAUCCGAAAGAGCAUCAACGGAUCAAAGAUUACUCCAAUUAACUCUGAUAGUGAUGUGGUGGAGAAUGAAAUUUAUUCUCUAGGCCUACCAAAACAAAUUAAGCAAGAGCCUAAAGAAGAGCAAUCAUCUAAAACUACCGCCGAAAAAUUAAGUGAGGUAGUUCAACAAAUUGAAAAGCCUUUGGAAAAAGAUAAAGUGACUGUCGAAGCACAAGAACCAAGUACGUUGGAGAAGCCUAAUAAACCACUACCUGUUGCUGAUGUUUUUGCAGAAGAUCUUAUUGACUGCGGAAUCAAAAAAGAUGAUUUAAAACCCAAUACAGAUAAACAAAAACACACUGGCAGCAAAAUAAAAAUUCCAAACCUGAAGUUUAGUCAAGUUUAUGAAGCGACAGUAAAACAAAUUGAAGAGGAGGCAAAACUAAAAGCUGAAAAAUACGAGGAGGGUGAAUUAUCUGAAAGCAGCGAAGAAGAAAGAAGUCCGACUCCUUCCGAUCUGUCUAGCUCAGGGUCGAUAGAAGAAAUAAAGAAAUCAGAAGAUGUGAAAAAGAAGAAGCGCUCCCAUCAUCGCCGUCAUCACAAACAUCAUCAAAGCAGUCAUCGAUCAAGAAGUGUGGAGAAACAUAGAUCUCACUCACACAGUGAACAGUCUCAUUCCUCGCAUCACCACAGGGAUGAGAAGAAAGAUAAAUUGAGGGAUAGAGAAAAGAGAAGAAGUAGGGAUAGAGAUGUGAGCAAAGGAAGAGAUAAAAUUAGAUGUAGAGAAAAGAAUAGUCGAGACAGGACCAAGGAAAGGAGCAGAAGUAGAGACCGUAUCAAGGACAAAGCUCGAAGUCGCAGUAGGAGUAGGGGAAGACACAGAAGCCGGAGUAGAAGUAAGGAUCGAACUAAAAUUGAGGCUAAGACAAGAAGCCGAAGCAGAGAUAAGAAGACAAAAGAGAGAGAAAGGAGUAAAGAAAGAGAUAGGAGUAGAGACAGAGAAGGACGGAGGCAUGUGAAAACUCGAGCACACUCCCGUGAAAGAGAAAAAAGGAGUCCUGAAGAGAAGAUUGACAAACAGAAGUUGCUGGAGAUAGCUCGCAAGAAUGCUUUACAUAUGUUAAAAAAUCCAGGCGGAACAGUGGACCAGACUAAGCUAGCCAUCACGUCGGGCGGCAAGACUGUCAAUGAGCUUACAGAUUUCUGCAAGCUGUUGUCCAAGAAGGAUGCAGACGGACAUGAAUCAAUCAGCUCUAACACAUCAGGAGACGAGAGUGAGUCUGAGAAGCCGUUCCAUCAUCCUUUCCAGAUCAAGGAUCGGCCGUCCAGCAUCGUACUUAACAUUCGGAACUCUGUUGCUCUUCCUGUCAAAUCUCUACAAGAGAAGGCUGCAGAACAAUCCAGACAACUCCGACUGCAGUUCCCUGUGUCCAGUGGUCAACAACACCGCAAGACUGAGAGUGAAUGGAUCCCAGUGUCACCCAAGAAAGCCGACCCCCCCUCCUCCACUCAGGUGGCGCUAGUCAAACCCAACACCAAGCGGGUGUUUAAAGACCCUCCCCCAAAACCGGAUAUGGAUAUAGGUUCGAUUGUGUCCCAGCGACUAGAAGCAAUGAGACGACUCCAAGAGAACCCGUCUGAUUCUAGUGCUCUCUCCCAGAUGCAAUCUGCACAACAGCAUAUGCAGUCAUGGGCAGAGUCCAAGCAGUUGCCUCCGGGUCAGUUCACAGGCUCCACAGGGGUCAAGGUGCUGAGUCAGGCGGAGCUCUCGUCCGGCUACCAGGCCUGGGCUCGGAGAGACCAACUACAGGUGGCAGCACCAGUCAACAAUGGUGUAGGAAUGACUCUGCUGCAGAAGAUGGGCUGGCGGCCGGGCGAGGGGCUCGGCAAGAACAAGGAGGGCACAUUGCAACCCCUGCUGCUGGAGGUCAAAAUGGACAAGAAAGGUUUGGUCGCUCAAGAAGAAUUACCUGUUAGACAGCCUCAUCAGGUCAUGAGAGGCAAACCUCGCAGCUUGGAAGGUAAACACCCUGUGUCACUGCUGAACGAGUAUUGUUCUCGACGGAAGUAUGGAGCUCCGAUGUUUGAGUUGGUGGACGAGGCAGGGCCAGAUCACAAGAAGAACUUUUUGUUUAAGGUGCGAGUGAAUGGGGUGGAAUACAAACCAGCCGUCGGCAGCCCCAAGAAGAAGCAAGCUCGAGCCGAGGCCGCGGAAGUGUGUUUGAAAGCUCUCGGGAUCUUACCAAACAAAUAGCAUUUUAACCUUAACUCGGUGACUACUGUAAAUAUCUUUUGUACAGAAUUAAAUUUAUUUUUGUACAGUUA